UUUUGGCCUACUGAUAGCAGUGGACAGAUCGUAGUGUUUUUAUUUGAAAAAUGCUUUUCGUCCUCUUUUCACACGCAGUAACACAUUUCAUCAAAGAGAAUAAAAAUAGUAACGUCAUUCAGAAGGUACUUUAAAGACAAGAAUCUGACUUAAUUCUGUACUAUUCAUUGUAACAAACUAAUUGUUUAAUUUAUUUAUCAUAGAAUACUUAUGUAGUUGUUUUAUAAUGAAUAAAUGGUACAUAGAUUUACCUACAAUGCAAUAGCGUAGUAUUACAUGCAGAUAAAAUUGAAUUAUGCCUUUUGUUUCAGUUUUAAAACUGAACUAUUUUGUCUACUCAUAGUUUUCCAAUUGGUCUCAACAAUGGUGUUUGAUGAAAAUGGAGAUAAUAUUAACUUCAGCUCAGAAGAGCAAGCUCAACUGGAAGUGAGAUCUGUGUUCAUAAAUUGUGAACCUGAGGAAGGAAAUGUGUCACCCGACAGCGAAGCGACCCGGUUCGAACGAGAGGAACUGUUCAAACACAGCGUUCUUCACGACUGCAACAAAAAACUAGCUCUUACUGUCAAAAUAACCAGCGAGCCCAAUAGUUCGGGGGAUGAGUACCUUCCUAUUGAGCACGUUUUUGAAGGCGUGAACAAGAAGCGCAUACGGCUCCUCGACCCCUACAUACUGCGCCUGCGAAGAGAACCACCGCUACAGGCUUACAAGCUACGCAGAGUUGAUACUAUAAGUGGUGUACUAAUCGACUCCGAAGGAAGAACUCUUCGCGAAAGUCAGAGAAAUACAAGAAACCGCGUCGAACGUGACUUAAGUCAUAGUUCAGAAGACCACGGCUGGACUAUUGAAUACAUUCAACAUUCACCAAGCUACACAGUCACGCCAGAAAAUUUAGAAUUGCAACAAACUUCUGCACUGGCGGAUGUAAAUUCAGCUCUCCAAGACUCCAGCAGCUGUGUCAAAAAGCGCAGCUUGUGUACCAAUGCAUUAAAUACUACUAUAGGUAAACGAAAUAAACGCAACGUACACAACAUUUUAGUCGAAGAAUCCACCGACGAAAACAAUCCAUGGAACUCUAAAGAACAUUUCUACCGGAUAUCGGACUCGGAUAAGGACAAGUUCCGCGCCGAAAACUACGAGGACAGUUCAGACGACGAUGGUCCUAGCAGAUCUGUCCUCAGCUCUAACCAUAAUAAAGAUAAUUCCAGAAACCCUGAAGCUAAUGCUAAAACUCAACCUGAGGAUAAAAUACGUCACAAGAAAAACUUUCGAUCUAAAUUUAAAAUGUUCAUGACUAAAGACAGUUUUUCCAGACUUGGUAAAAUUAAAUCAUCGGAAAAAUCGAAAACAAAUUCUCCUUCUACGAGAUCAAAAGAAGUUCAAGAGCGUAGUGCUCUUAAAGAAACAAAUGAAAGACCAGAAAACGAGAGCGAUGAUUUUAGCUCCGAUCAAACUGAAGUUAGUGAAAAAGAUUAUGCUGUUUACGAAAUAGGCAAUCCCGAAUUGUGGUACACUGUUCAUGUACAGCUGUUUGAAAAAUUGAGCACUCCUGACGGCAAAACUGUGUGGAAUGAUCUAACCAAAGGUGAACAAGCAAGUGUAAGUUCAACGUCACCCGAAUGGACUGGUCAAGAUUUAACUGUGCGUUAUCGCCCCGCUGAAUGGAUCCCAAGAGAAGAGUUUUCUUUGCCGAUGGCUAGUCUUUGCCUUUUGGCACCGAUACGCGCUGCAAACAUUGACUCCUUCUCAGAAGCAAAUGCUACAUACUACAAUAGUGUUGCCGAUGACGGUGGAUACAUCGUAGUCCCUGAAGAAGAUGUCAUGGGCUUGAAGGUGGACGAAAUGAAUAUUGAUAAACGCGAUGAAAACAACACGGAUUCAGAACUCAUUACCAAGACUGACGACCGAACCGAACAAUUGCAGGCUCGUCGCCGGGUAGUAGUACGAACAUCGAGAGCAUUGUUAGGUGGGGCGGAUGACAAAGUAAAUAUCGCCUUCCAAGGAACUGACAAAUAUCUGACUUUACCACACCGUCGUCCGCACCAUGCGCAAAUUGAUUUAGAAGCUCGAGCUGAUGAAAAUGAACUCGUUCGUAUUGGCGCGUCUGGGCGAAUUGCGAUAGCCGUAGCUGACAACACACGAAAAACACGAACUAUCAUAACAUUGCAGGUUGGAAACACAGGCUUAGCAGCUGCUCGCUUCAGAGUUGCGACACGAGACUGCGGCCCGGCCUUAUCGGAUCUGAUGGACGACAAAAAUCAGGCGGUGACAAUGGCCGGCCCUGUGCUAAUUCCUCCGCGACACACGAGAAGUUUGCGGCUGGAGCUGCCUAUCGAUAUCCCCAUCGAUGUCGCACACUGUUCCGGUAACAUCCAAUACUUAAUAGCCGACUUUGGGGAAGUUAGAUAUGGUGUAUAUUUUUUACCCAAUGUAAUAAAUUUUGCAGUAACGUUACUUAAUGACGAAGACAAGUCAGUGGCUGUGAGAGAUGUCGCUAUCAAGAAAGGAGAUCGUUGCUUCUGUGUGUGGCAUUGUGACUGCGUCUGCCUCUCCGAUGACCCGAAGCUAAUUUGCCGGCAUAUGGCGGAGGCUCGCCAGUCGGCCGCAGGGCUGUCCCCACACGACAGGACUCGCCACGCUCGCUCCGCCUGCUACGAAGAUGAUAUCACCAUCAACAUUUUCGUCAUAAUUACUGGCGUCCUUAUAGCACUUUUAUUACUUGGUCUCAUUAAAGCGUUUAUGGGCCUCAUAUUUCGUUGCGUCGGUACCGCGGGCUUAGACCAACUGGUACAGAUCCCGCGCAAAAUAGACCACUAUUAUGAAAGUUCCCUCUGUUCGCGCAAGGUGGAGUAUGACUGUGAUGGCUACCCUGUCCACCCGGAUACCAGAGAGAGGACUGUCCGUUACAUCAGCCUCCCCAUGGAAUUUCUACUGAAUGCGGUAUUCUUUAUCAUCGUCCCUGUCAUCGUUAUGUACGAAGCCAUCAGACAAUUAAUAUCUCGUUGCAAGACAGGAAAAACUAAAAAUGUUUGUGUGAUGUCUACCAAGAGCGAUACUAAAAAGUGCUUUAGCAGUCAAGACAUGCAGGGACUGGCGAUGCGGUGGCGACGGCGUCGAGGUGGCUUGCGUAGGUGGAUGACACCUGAGGCACAGGAACUCUCCAAAGACCUUUGGAAGGAAGGCCUCGCGCCGGUGCAAACCGAUAUGCGUCCACUGCUACGUGAACCCCGACACGAAGCUGUGGCCACAGAGACGCGAGAAAACGAGUCCUGUGUGGACUCUGAGCAGGACGACACUGACUAUGUCCUUACUCAGAUGCAGAAAAGUAGAGAAUCACUUUCUGCUCUCAGGCACGGUUGAUCGACCGAAACGUUUUAAUUAUAACGCAAUUUGCAGAUCUUGAAGCAAAAAUAUAAAUCGUGGUGGAUUCUAAAUUUGGAAAUGAUUACUGAACUGCGUGCCUAUACUUGAUAGUAGACUGAUAUCUAAAAACUAAUUACAGUAUUUUGUUAUCUAUAUAUUGUCUUCAUGACUUUCUAAUUAAAACAACUUUACUCGCGGUAUUCUGUAAUUUUCGGUAUAGCGUAUCUUUAUUAUAGACGAAUAAUGGACAAUAUAUUAAUACAAGUAAUAACUAAUCUUGUUUU